AGUUUUCUUAAGCGAUAUCUUGGUGUCGUUGAAUUCGUGUGACAUUGAGUAGAAUCGUUAUCUCUGAGCCCCGGGUGGCGACUCAUUAAGUCCGGGAGAUCGGAGCUUGGCGCACGACUCAUUUACACACUUCAGACUUUUUACGAACCUCUAAGAGUGUAAAAUUAAUAACGAUGACGAGUAGCAUAAUUCGUAUAGCAGCUAGAGUAACAAAAUACCGGCCUACAACUGUGUGCAUUCGACACCAUCAGUACAGCACUGAAAAUAAAGCGAGAUAUUACACAAAGAAGCAUGAAUGGGUAGCAGUGAACGGAGACAUUGGCACUGUCGGCAUAUCCCAGUAUGCACAGGAAGCACUGGGCGAGGUGGUGUUUGUCCAAUUGCCUGAUGUAGGCAAGCAAGUGUCCGCGGGGGAAGAAUGCGGGGCUCUCGAGAGCGUGAAAGCAGCAAGCGAGAUAUUCUCACCGAUAUCAGGAAUCGUGACGGAAAAGAACGACAAAGCAGAAAGCACGCCAUCUUUGAUCAACAAGUCGUGCUACGAGGACGGCUGGCUAUUCCGUCUGAAGCUAGCAGGGACAGAAGAAUUAAAGAAAUUGAUGGAUCAGGCGGCUUACGAUAAAUAUCUUCAAGAAUCACAUUGAUGAAAAUUGAUUUAGCAACUAUCUCAAGUUCUCUAGCACACUUUACAUCCUUCAAUGGUCACUUCAGCAACCCCUUAGUGUAAUUUUUUUCAUACUAAAUCUACGCUAAUAUACCUUGAUCUACAACUAUGAGUAUGAUAUUGUGUAUUAAUCAAAAGUAUAGAUAUUCAAAUUUAUUUUUUGUAAGAAAUAAAAGAGUAAGGAAUGUUUGCCGGUUUAAAACCAAAAAGUGUAGAACGAAUUUCUGUUUAUCUCUCUUUCUCACAACCAGCUCGUUUCAAGCUGCAAAGCUGUUGCUGGUGGUCUUUUGUGGUAGAACUCAAAUGCAGGUUUAUUGAGAAUUUCCAAUAAUGGAAAUCUCAAAUUU